AUGGAUAUUCAGAGUUAUCGUCGUGUCUUUGAACAGUAUGCCUCCAUACUUCAAGAAAAGUAUCCGGACCUAACUGUUUCGGGAGACACGUAUCCGCCUCCAUUUCUUCGAAUGAGUUUUGCUCAUUUUCUUAAUGUAUUUAAACUUGUAUUCAUUGCCUUAAUUUUGGGGGGCAUUACUCCCUUUCCUUCUUUAGGAAUGACUACUCCACAAUUUUAUGUUUGGAUGACUGAGAACAAAAUGCAUGCAUGUUUGAUGAUAUAUUUUUUGUCCAAUGCACUUGAAAGUCAAUUGGUUUCCACAGGAGCUUUUGAAAUUGCACUUAAUGGUAAAUUAUUUUGAAAAAUUCAAUAUGAUUUAACAAUUAAUUGAAAAUAAUGC